GCCAGCAGCACCGUGCCCGCGCCCUAUCACAUUUGACAGUCGUUACUUGUGCUAUCUAUCUCCUGCCGCCUGCUGCCCACCGUGCGCCCACACCCUUCUCACCCUAAGUCCCAUUUCCCUCUUCUAUUUGUACCCAUGUACUCUCUUACUCCAGUCCCAUCCACCAAAUCCCGAGCUUGCAUCCCUUCCAAUUCCACCCUCCCCGGAGCCUGUUGUGGGUUCGGUUCGUUCACAAGUCUCCCCGUUCCGCGCGCGCCGCCUCAAGCUUUGACGUACCCAUAUCCGAGACCCGACCGUCAGACCGAUCGACCGAACGAGCAGGCGACAGAUAAUUAAGCCAGCAAGCAAGCCAGCGAAUCUAUCUGCCUGCCCUACUUGUUCGAGCGAGCCGUUGCACCCCUCAUAUACGUGACAGGUCGCACCACUUUCCCGCCCAAGCAGGCUGAUUGCGGUCAGUGGCAGGACAUCACGUCCUGCCCCCCCCCGUAGCUCGGGUCCAUCGCCUUGCAGUGGUUUCGCGGUUGGCCAACGGUCGAGUCUACUUUCCGACCCCUCCGAUACGGUUCAUCGGUGCCAACCGAAUACGAAGGCUUCUUUGUCACCUGCUUGCCCGCCGCUGGUUGCCUCGUGUUUUCGCUGUUGCCUUGUCUUUCCCUGAUUCCCGCGCCGUGCCUAGCGACAAACCGCGGCUACGUGGUCGCGUCGCAUCGUGCCAAGCACCUGGCCGUCUCGAUUUCAUCCCUACCCGGGUCUCUUUACCAGCCUGAGGUGUUGCCAGGGCCUUUCAUAACCGUCGGGAUACGUACCUUACUUGUCCCGCCUUGCGCGCGCGCACCACCCAAGCUGUCGCCCCAAUGCCCAAGCCCAAGAUGAGCAGGGCAGCCGAAGUUGUGCAGCCGCCACCGCAGCAGCAGCAGCAGUCGCAGCCAUGGGGAGCUCCCCAACACCCAUCGCAUAUUCCAAAUAUACCCGGCACCAUUCAACCAAUGCAGGCCCAUAACCAAUCACCAUUUGCUAACAACCCUUGGUAUAGCCCUCAAGGCCACCCUGGCUACCCCCAGGCAGACAUGUCACGUCGAAAUGACCAGCAGAUGGACUACCGCUAUACCACAGCCCCAUCACAGCAGCCUCAGCAGCAGCAGCAGCCGCCUCAACAGCACCACCCCGGCGCGGCACAGCCACCGAUGAAUGUUGCCCAACAGCAGCAGCAGCAACAACAUCAGGCGCAGCAUGGUCAGCAUCCCUCUAUGCUUCAGGGUCAACACCCACACCAGCAACAGCACGCACAGCCUCAGCCCCACCAGUCGCCGCAGCAGCAUAUCCAGCAGCAUGGUAACGCUGUCCAACAGUCGCCUCAGGCGGUUCAACAGCAGCAGCAGCCACAGGCGCAACCCCAGCAGCAACAGCCCCCCGCGCCCCAGCAGCAACAACAGCAGGUGACUCCGACGCCUGCUCCAGCUCCGGCUCCGACUCCUCGUCAGCGAAAGCGACCUGCCCCCUCGUCGAAGGCCGUCACGGCUGCGGCCCCCGCUGCCGGCGCUACUAUGUCCAAUGCGCCGGCCACAGGGGCACCGCCGCAAUCACCCGCAGUUUCCACUUCGGCAAUCUCGGCCCCGCCUGCGCCCACUGCAACGGCCAUCAAGCCACCACCUGCCGACGAGGCAAAUGCUGCCCCGCAGCCUCCGCCUGCCAAGAAGAGCCGAACCAAUACACCCUGGACGGCGGCCGAAGAGCACAUGUUGAAGCAGAUGAGAGACCAGGGACUUAGUUGGGCAGAAAUUGCAAAGUCCUUUCCACAGCGCACCGAAGGGAGUGUGAAGAAGCAUUGGUACAAGGAUAUGCACUACGCAGAAUUCGCAGAGAACGAGAGCCAAGAUCUGCUGAACGCGAUCAAAGAAUACGAGUCGAACAAGUGGAAGACGAUUGGCCAGAAGGUUGGCAAGCCUGCCAAGGCUUGUGAGCAGUACGCCAAGGAACACUUUCCCGAACUGUUCCCUAACUCGGGCAAGUCGAGAUAAGCUUGUUCCUGGUAGUUCUAGACUAUUGCCAGCCAGUGUCCCUUUCGGAUCUGGUUCAGUCAGCUAUGGCAAAGAGUCACACUGCGUACGGCAGAUACAUCAUCACCCCUAGCGACUCGGAGUUUGGCGUCGCCUGGAUGAGAUAUUUGCCAUUAUGGUCGACACUGUCGUUCUAAUACUAGCGAUACCCGGCACUAUCGCCAUGCUUUUUUUUUCAGUUUCACAUUUUUUUAUACUGCGCUCCUAGAUAUAAGCUUGGUCAUGAUAUCUCACGAUAUGAGCUUGCUUCCGCAUUCGAUUUUUUGCCUUGAUUUGGAUCAAUGGUCCUGGGCAAAACUUUGAAUCUUUCUGGGUCGGUUUUCUUGAAAAUUACUUAUCGAUUAGUCUUUCGGACUAGUCUUGUUCCCAGGGUCUUUGCGUAUCAGUCGCGCAAGACUUGGUUACUUCACUUCUAUGAUAACGGCCUCACGUACUUUGUUAUUUAACUACAAAGCGUUGGUGCGGAGUUUCUUCAGGACCCAUCCUGGUUUAUUUUUACUUUUGUUGAUUUCACAGUCGGUCAUGGGCGUCGAGAAGCGAUUGAUGGCGCACACAGGUGGCCUGAUAACUAUCAUGCAUCUUUGGAAGGCUGGCAGGCACUGUGUUUGUUGGGUGAAAGUGUUGGCCAACAGAAGAUCGACAGACAAGGAAAGAGAUAGUGUAGUGUGUCUUCAAUCCUGAGGUUGUAUCUGUGGGCGGCGUUUGCGGGCCAUGUCAAUGAGGUUAGGGGUUCGGUCCAUGGGGACGCGACAACUGGUUUCGUGUGAUGAUACAAGAAAAUCUCCUUGCGUGUCUGUCUUGUCAUUUUGUUGUGUGAAGACAGCUGGCCAUACCCUACAUGGUAAUGACAGCUAGGUUGGAGGAACACGAGGGGAGAAGAAACAAGAAGGUCUUGGACAUUGCGGUAAGGAUCACGUAUCAAGAUACUGCCAAUAAUAAUGGAAAGGGAGCAUUGAUGGAACAGCAAGGUAGACUCUUUAGGAUACGAGAAUUUAUGAUUGAG